AUGGAGCAGUGGUUACCUCCAAGCCACGAGAGCACUGCCGACCUGACACGGGCUGACGGAGGCGAUCUCUGGACAGUCCUCUCCUCUCAACGCCGUGCUAGAAGCCCCUCAAGACUCACAGCGUUUUCUGAUGUCAAUGGACUGUCCUAUCUUGGUUCCCUUCCCAAACCCAUCACGAUUGACUCGAGUCCCAAGAAAAGGGAUCCGUUGGCGGAUAUGCUCCCCGAUAGCUGGGAGCCAACUCAGAAGCUUGAUCCCAUUCCGAGUACGGAGACACCACCACAGCCCGAAAACAAGGCCCAGCCUACUGCCACUGCCCAAACUCAGAACAGAACACCUCUCUCCGCCGACGAUCUAGCCCCCGACAUGCCAUGGAACUCUGUCUCUUCCCGCAAAAGACCUACAAAGAUCCGUCAGUCCCAAGCUAAGCCAAAGGCCAAGCCCAGCAAAGGUGCUGGCUCAACCUCGCCAAGCGAACCUGACAAGUCCACCGACUCUACGUCUCCCCAUGAUGGGCUUGCUCUUCGGAGAUCCCCUCGGAUUUCUCAGCUCAAUGCUCACCAGAAGCUCCAAAAGACUACUCCUCCCCCUUCGAGGUCUGAAGUCGAGAAUGACAUCCAGAAAUCGAAGAGUGGCCCAAUUUCCCCCAUACCUAGGAAGCGAAAGGCACGACCACAUGCGACCGAGACUUUGGAAACGAGUGGCUCGGAUACACGAUACAAGGCAGCAACAACGUUGCCGGCCAAGCCUUCCAAGGUCCCACGCCUUGAGCAAGCCAGUCCAGCCAAGGGCGAACCUGCUGCCAAAGACAGUGAGGCAGCAAGACCCAGGGCAGCAAACAGAGAUAUUCGAACUCCAGCUGAGCCCGAGGACGAAGUCUUCCCCCAUGAUGACAGAACUGAGAAGCACAUCCCGGCAAGCAACAAGCUUCAGUCUCCUAAUGAGCCGGAAGAGUCAGUGCUUUCCUAUCACAACAGAGUGGAAAGGCAAGACUCGACAACCACUGGAGUCCAAACUUCGAAUGAGCUGGAGGAAAUGUUGCAGCCCCCUCACGAGAGCACUCAGAAAAUCGACACGCAACUCAUCUACCAAAACCAGGCAAUACAACAGUUCGGUUCCCAGCCGACAUCUGAAGACGCGUUCCUUGCUAAGACAACUGCCAACCUGAUGGCGGUCACUCAGUAUGAGCAAAGACCAUUCCGCAAGCAAGCAGCCCUCGUACAUGACGUGGCCAAUGAAUCACCUAGACGUAUUUCGAGAGAUGCUGUCUCUUCGCCAGCGCCCAAAGACAUUGUGCCUUCACAUGUCGCUCAUGUGUGGGAUAGGUUGGCUCAGAGAGAACCCCAGAUUCUCGACCUUGGACAGGCGCAGGAGGCAGUUCCCGUACUUCAACCUACAUUUCGUGGACAAAAGCAUCAUGGCGUUAAUUCUGAACUCUCUAGUUCUCCUUUGUUUAUGGGUCAAGGUCCUGUUUAUGACGAUGAUCAAGAACCUGGAGUGGCACCAAGGUCGCCUAGGAACAUGUUCCGCAAUGGCUUGGAGACGUUCAAAGUCCAAGUUUUGCAUCGUAACACAGCUCCCACACUUCGCAAACAGCCGUCUCACGACCAGUUGCCUGUACAGACUAUCGCUCAGCAAUCUGACCUCGCCUACUCGUUGCCGCAUGCUGCCAAUCUUACAAACGAAUUUCAAGGAACGCCAGUUCAGCGCCCGCAAAGUCAAUGGAGUGCUUCGACGCCAUUGGAGCAGAGCAGAGCAGCGAGCCGGGGAGAGGUCUGGAGGAGAGAGACAGAGGAUAACUCUACAUAUGCGAUUUUACACAAGAUAGGAAUGAUGCUACAUCGCGCACUUAAGCCGAGCGAAGAAGUUGUGGACGACAUAAUCAAGGACUACCUGGAGAAUUCAGUGCUGCUACUUGAGCUUAUGAACACUUGUCAUGAAACUGAAAGGGAAACCACUGUUGAAAACCACGAAGCCGCAACCAAAAGGUUGUACUCCAUGUUCGACACAGCCUUGCAGGACGUCCGACACCUGCAGGAGCAACUGCAGUCAUUUGACAUCUCGAAGAUACUGGCCAGUGCCCGUAGGCCUGAACUUGUCAAAAAAAUGCAUAUGUUGAAUCGGUUGUGCGAUGAGCGCCUGAGAGAAUACGUUGAACAAUCUUCACGCGCGACGACCGAAGAAGAGGAUCCAGUCCCAAAGAAGGACGACCUUGUGGAACUCUUCAAGACACAGCUAUACGAACAGAUUGGACAUUCUGUCGACGUGACCACGAAGCUCCAGAUGAUCGAUGCGGAAGCAGAUGAGUUCAUUGAGAAUCUCCGCAAUGAGAUAGGCUUUCCAAGCAGACAGUCUGAUGCUCAACGAGUCUCGGACGAACCUGAACCCGCCUUUCAAGCUAUAAAGCAGGAUUAUAACGCCAUGUUCGGUUCGAAGCAGAAGAAGCCUGCUUCUGCUGGCGAGAUACUGUCUGAUAUUUCUCAGGAGGUCAUCGAGGUGUCGUCACACUAUGACUCAGAUAGUGAUUACGUUGACUGA